GCCAGAUUCUACAACCACAAUGAAAAAAGCAAUUAACAUGUAAGUGCAUUUUCCAUACCCUCUAUUUAAACCCAGCUAAUCGUCCAGGUCCAACAUCGUAUCAUGAUCGACCUAAAAGAAUUCAACAAUAACACCAGUGUUUAUGUGCCGGAAUUGGACGAAAUACUUGCGCCUUCUAAAAUUGGGCCCCCAGCAGGUGUGAACUUUUCCGACGACGAGUUCAUCAUCUGUGGCCACGAGAUUCCUGGGCUGUCUCUUGUCUGGAAGAGAUGGGCCCACUUUAGGGUCGAAUACAUUCAGGAAGUUCAGUUCGAUGACAAUGCGUUUGACCAACUCGUGCUGUCAGAGGACAAGAAGCAGCUCAUCAAAUCUCUUGUCCAGCAACAAGGCGGCUAUGUCGAGGGUUUUGAUGAUAUUGUCAAAGGCAAAGGCAAAGGCUUGGUUUUUCUCCACGGACUAGCUAGAGUUGGUAAGACAUUGACUGCAGAAAGUAUUGCUGAUCAUACAAGGCGACCGCUUUUUGCCAUCAGCUCAGGACAGCUCGUCGGUCCUGCGGACCAUGUUGAAACCUCCUUGCCUUGGCCAGGAGGUGGGACUCAGUUGUCUUAAUCGACGAGGCGGAUGUGUUCCUACAAGAAAGGACGAUCGAACAGCUGGAAAGAAAUAGUCUGGUUUCAAUCUUACUACGGAUCCUCGAAUAUUUUGAGGGCACAAUCUUUCUAACUACAAAUCGUGCCCAGAAAAUCGAUAGUGCCUUCCGUUUCCGGAUCCAUCUCUCUCUUUCAUACCCACCGCUCUCCAAAUCAGCACUUCACAUCCUUUGGAAAAACAACAUCGUCAGGGCAUGUGCAGGGCAGAACCUGGAUUGGCUCAGCGACGAAUUUCUUGAGCAGAUAUCGAGUACGGAGGUUAAUGGAAGAGAUGUCAAAAAUAUCGUGUGGAUGGCGUACGCUGUGUCAAAAAAACGGGAA